GGGGUUUUAACAUUUGCAGAGAAGAGGAGAAAGUUUAGAGAUGAGUGGGACAGGAUCUCCGGAUUUCUUCUACAGAGAAGCUCAACGCCUUGGCUAUGUCGCUCGCUCUGCUUUUAAGUUGCUUCAGAUACAGAAGCAGUACAAGCUCAUAACGCCGGGCUCAUCUGUUCUCGAUCUUGGUUGUGCUCCUGGUGCUUGGCUUCAGGUAGCUUGUCAGAACUUGGGUCCCCUCACAAAAGGUGGGGUUGUUGUGGGCAUUGAUGUUAAGAAGGUAAAGGUUCCUCAGCAUAACUGUGAUUCAAGAGUUCAGACUGUUUGUGCUGAUAUCAUGAACUUCUCCAGAGACCGAAUCAGAGCACUCUCUCCUCAGAAAAGUUUUUCUGUGAUACUUUCGGAUAUGUGUCCCCCGGUUUCUGGAAUCACUACCACGGAUUCAGCUAUUUCAUUUGAAUUAGGUAUGCGAGCGCUUGAUAUCGCUGUUGGUAGAGGUGCCUCUGCGCAGAUGGAGGGUUAUUUGGAAGGUUCGGCUACUUGUUCGAAUGAAGAGGACGAUAAUGGUGUAUUGCAGAAGGGGGGUCACCUUGUCAUUAAGCUUUUAGAGAGUGAAGAUGUGCAAGAAGUCAGGCGGAUCUGCAAACCAUUGUUUAGAAAGGCAUCGUGGUUGAGGCCUAAAGCUACAAGGUCGUCAUCAAGGGAGAUUUAUUUGAUAUGUCAAGGUCUGCAGUCACAGAAAAAGGUGUAGAAAUUAUGCAAACAACAGCUGG